AUGGAGAAUUCAUUCUUUAGUUCAUUUGCAAAAUUUGCCUCACUUUCUUUAGCUUUGGCAUUGCCAACAGCAGAAGUUGUCCCAUCCGCUCUUGAAGAACGACAAAGUUGUGCCAAUACUGCAACAACCAGGAGUUGUUGGGGACAGUAUUCGGCAUCUACCAAUUCUUACACUACUGUCCCGCAAACAGGUGUAACCAGAGAGUACUGGCUGGUUGUCCAGAACACAACUCUCAGUGCUGAUGGAGUUUCUCGCCCAACUCUUAACUUCAAUGGUACCAUCCCGGGCCCUCAAAUCACGGCAGACUGGGGUGAUGAUGUUAUCGUCCACGUUACGAAUAAACUGACUAACAACGGAACAUCUAUUCACUGGCAUGGUAUCAGACAGUUGAACAACGCUCAGUACGACGGAGUUCCAGGGAUCACACAAUGCCCAAUUGCUCCUGGAGAUACUCUCACAUACAAGUUUCACGCGGACAACUAUGGUAGCUCCUGGUAUCACUCCCAUUUUAUUCUUCAAUAUGGUGAUGGACUUUUCGGCCCACUCGUUAUUAACGGCCCUGCAACCGCCAACUACGAUGUUGAUCUUGGCAUGUUGUUCUUGAAUGACUGGAAUCACGACAAAGCCAAGACUGGAGCACCUCCAACACUUUUAACUGAUCUUAUGAACGGCACCAACACAUAUAAUGGAGCUGGUAAAAAGUUUCAAACUACUUUUACACCAGGCUCGAAGUAUCGCAUCAGAGUGGUCAACACAGCUGUCGACGGUCAUUUCCAAUUUUCUAUUGAUGGUCACAGCUUCCAAGUCAUAGCAAUGGACUUUGUACCGAUUGUUCCAUACAACGCUACCAGUAUCCUUGUAAGCAUCGCUCAACGUUACGAUAUCAUUGUUACAGCCAAUGCUGCGGUCGGCAACUACUGGAUCAGAGCAGGAUGGCAAACAGCAUGUUCUGGUAACACCAACGCUGCCAACAUCACUGGAAUCCUUAGAUACACUGGUUCUAGCUCUACUGCUGACCCAACGACUACCUCUACUGUAACGGCAAGUACAAGUUGUUUGGAUGAACCAUUGACAAGCCUUGUUUCAUUUGUACCAAUCAAUCCAGUUGCCAGUUCUAUCAUGAAGACAACGUUGACCACUGCGGGUGGCCAAUGGCUAUUCAAUGGAAGUUCUUUACUUCUUAAUUGGACCGACCCCACUCUUCUCACUGUCUUGAAUAGCGGAAACAUUUGGCCAACAGAAUACAAUGUUAUUCCUGUUGAGUCCACUACGGCGAACAAGGGAUGGGCCGUUCUCGCCAUCUCAAGACCCAAUGGUCCUAACCACCCUAUCCAUCUCCACGGUCAUGAUUUCUGGACUAUCUCUCAAGGCACCGGAGCCUAUACCGCUACCACCGCACUCAAUCUAGUGAACCCACCCCGUCGUGACGUGAUGACACUUCCCAGCGGCGGACAUCUUGUCAUCGCUUUCCAAAUCGAUAACCCCGGUUCUUGGCUCAUGCACUGCCAUAUCGCAUGGCAUGCCUCUGAGGGACUGGCUUUACAAUUCGUCGAGAGCGAGAGUAAAAUUUUACCGACGAUUGGAACAGCUGAUGUGUCCACUUUCCAAGACACAUGUGCAGCUUGGAAUGCUUGGACGCCUACAGAGCCUUUCCCACAAGAUGACUCCGGAAUUUAA